AUCCACUGCAAGUGAAGAAACUUCAAAAUUAAAAUGAAAUUUUACAUUGCUUUGUUCUUCAUGACUGCAUUAAUUGCUAGCAUAAACUGCGGUAGCGAUCCAUACAGCAACUGCGAUAUUCCACCUGACGUUGGCUUCCCAUGUUCCGGUUCAAUGGGACCAUCUGGUUCAAUGGGACCUUCUGAUUCCAUAGUUUAUUACUACUAUAACUUCAUAACUGGUUUCUGUGAAGUUCUUGACUACCAUGGCUGUGGAGGCAACGAAAAUAUUUUCCCAUCUCAACUUGAAUGUGAAACACAUUGCAUCGUACAAGGAGCUGCACGACCCUCAGCCGCUUAAAAGAUAAUUGAUUAAUUCCGAAAACUAUUUGCUAAUUAUAAAUGUGUUUUAAUAAGCGGAAGAUUUCUUGGUAAUUAAUACUUGUUAAAUUUCUUUUCAUAAUUAUUUCAAAAUAAAUGAUGAAAGACGUAAAAAUGAAAACUAUUCUUACUCAUUUGUCCACUACUAAGUCUAAGACGAAGUUUCUACACGUCAAUAAAUGAAUGAAAAUUAGAUCAUAGCCCCAGCUUGCUUACCUAUGGCUCACCCGCCUGCUC